AUGGCAUUUUAUCCAUUGACAGGAACUGCAGUCGUGAUAGUCAUGCUGGCAACUACACUUCUCAUGAUUUUAAUCAUGAUAUUAGUAUGGCGCUGCCAUUGGAUUCUUGUCCUCAUUUUCACCGGCUUAUCUCUAGUAGUGGAGUGUACAUACUUAUCUGCUGUACUUUGCAAAGUCAAUCAGGGUGGUUGGGUACCACUUGUGAUUGCAGCAGCUUUUCUUGUUAUCAUGUCUGUCUGGCACUAUGGUACAGUGAAACGCUACGAAUUUGAGAUGCACAGUAAAGUCUCAAUGGCAUGGAUCCUCGGGCUUGGUCCCAGCUUAGGAUUGGUCCGUGUCCCUGGGAUAGGACUUGUAUACACUGAGCUAGCAAGUGGAGUGCCUCACAUUUUUUCUCACUUCAUCACAAACCUACCAGCGAUCCAUUCAGUCGUCGUUUUUGUGUGUGUGAAAUAUCUUCCAGUUUACACAGUCCCAGAAGAUGAGAGAUUCCUUGUGAAACGGAUUGGACCCAAAAAUUUUCACAUGUUCCGUUGUGUUGCAAGAUAUGGUUACAAGGACCUCCACAAGAAAGAUGAUGAUUUUGAGAAAAAGAUCUUUGAUAACCUCUUCAUGUUUGUCCGGCUUGAGUCCAUGAUGGAAGGUUGUUCUGACUCUGAUGAGCAUAGUUUAUAUGGCCAGCAAACUCAGCGGUCAAGAGACACCCUGUUGAAGUAUAAUGCAGACACAUAUGCCUCCAGUGUUGAAUUAACGAUUUCAUCAGUGGACUCAAUCGUGCCAGCUAAAUCUCCACCGCUGGCUAACAACACUGUCAUGUCAUCUGGGCAGACAAGCAGCCAGACAGAGGUCGAUGAGUUGGAGUUUAUGAAUAGCUGUAGAGAUGCUGGGGUAGUGCACAUACUUGGGAACACAGUGAUAAUGGCAAGAAGGGAUUCAAAUAUUUGUAAGAAAAUAGUGGUUGAUUAUGUAUAUGCAUUUCUGAGGAAGAUAUGCAGGGAGAAUAGUGUAAUUUUCAAUGUUCCUCAUGAGAGCCUCUUGAACGUUGGGCAGAUUUUCUAUGUAUGA